AUGUGUUGCUGCACAGAUUUUGAAGGAUAUUAUGAAGUUGCAGACUUCUAUCAAAGUCAUCCAAGAUAUUAUUAUUCAGAUUAUAACUCGUGUGGAUGCAGAAAGUGUCAAUGUUGUUAUGAAAAUCACUGUUCAUGCUGUAAUUGCUAUUAUUCAUGCAACGAAAAGCUUUGCCAGUGUUGCUACGAAAGACAUAAUUACAGGUAUUUCAAUUUUCUACGAAUAUUGUUUUCUAUAUCUUCAUUAGUUACAUUCCCUAUAGUAUCUUUCAUCAGUGUUCUUCACCUGUGCAAUCCUACGCUUAGAGAUAAAGAUUUUGAAGAGAAUUAUAAAGAUCAAGAUAUUAAAUAUAAAACACCUAUGACAAUAUCAAAGUUUUAUUCGAAAUUCAAGCUUAAAGGUAAAACUUAUAGCAAUUCUAAAUCAGAAAUUGAUAAUUUUGAUUCAAGUGACGAAUCUAAUGAAAUUCAAGAUGUAGAAAAACCAUUUGCCAAUCAACAAGCACCUGUCGAAGAAGAAAAUUCAUAUAGUGGUAGUGAAAAUAGCGCUAUAGAACUUCCACCAAUUCAAGAAAAAACUGAAAUUAAAACAUCUCAGCCUGAAACAAAACAAGAACAACCGAAAGUGAAAAUAAAUCCUGAUAUUGUUCCAUCAAUAACAGAAAAGAAUGAAGAGAAUCAUGAUGUUAACAAAGUUGAAGAAACUGCACUCAAACCUUUGCAGCUUAGUGGUUCACGACAACUUUCUUAUGCUUGCAGUCCUUUGGCAGCUAAUGAAACCGAAAAUUCUGUCUUUGUUCAAUCAAUUCAAGAACCACCUUUAGAAGAACCAAGCAAUGUAGCCAAGAUUGGUCUAGAUAUUCUCCCUCUUCCAGCUCAGCAUGCUCUUCCACCGCCAAACUUUGAGAACAAUUAUCAAAGUGAUGAAACACAUGAAAAACAUGAUGAAAGCCAUGGAGAGAGAUCAAGGAACAGUAAAAUGAAACGUCAGCAUAGAAUGUCUAUGCCAAACUUUUCAAAUAUUCCGGAAUUCACUCCUUUGAAUAAUGAAGCUGUUGAUCAUUUCAAGGAUAUUUUGGAUCACAGAAAUGUUCUAACUGAUGAUGAUGCAAAUGACAUUUUCUUUCCAAAGAAAAGAGGUCAUCAAAAAAGAAAGUAUUCACAUGAUGUUUGGAGAAAAUCAAUGGAACUCUUCGAACCACCAUCUAAUUUCGAUACAGAAACAAUCGAAAUUCCUGAAAAUAUACCUAGUAACGAAACGAUUUCUAAUUAUUCGAGCAGAAAUAAUUCAGAAGAAGAAAUACCAAAUUUUGUUGGUACACUUCCACUAUUUCAAGCUGAUGGUAUGUCUAUUAUUAUACCUCCAACUGCUGCCGAAUAUAAUGGGAUUGCACCGCCGAUCACAUUUAUUGAUCCGCAAGGAAAUGUGAAACCUACAGAAAAGAGAAGACAAAAGAAGAGGAGAGCUUCAGCCUGGGUUGAAAAGCCAACAAUAAGUAAGACAAAUGAUUUAUCAUUUUUAUUUUGA